CGGUGACAGCGCGAAUUCUGCCGUGUGGGUUCCGAGCGAUGCAUUGUCGACAGAUGUCGCAGCAGCAUAGCAGCAGAUUCCGUCAGCCCACCGGGGAAAGCAUCCGUCCCAUCUGCUAGCGCCGCACUCCAGACCUCGUGAACUGCUCUCCUUGCUCAGGAAUAUGAAUCCAUGGUCUUCUUGCUUUCUCUGGCAGGAGACGAAGAUCUCUGUGGUAUAACGUCCUGGUGGGCGGGGGUAGUUUUUACUUCUCUUGUUGCGGCGGGAGAGGCUGGUGGGUCGUCGUCUGCGCGCAGCUUGGCCUGGAGAUGAGGUAGUUUGUGAUCAUUUGUAACAAGCUUGGAAGGUCAUCCCCGAGUGCAAAAGAUGGAUUCGAGUAAGGGCAAGAGGAAGAAUCGAGUUCCAAUUCGGGCACUGAUUCAGGUUGCAAGUGUUGCCGCUGGGGUUCAGUUUGGAUGGGCCCUACAACUCUCGCUACUUACUCCAUACGUGCAAGAGCUUGGAAUUCCUCAUGCAUGGGCCAGUUUGAUCUGGCUGUGCGGGCCCAUUUCUGGCAUGUUCGUCCAGCCCAUCGUUGGUCACUACAGUGAUAGUUGUACAAGCUCAUUCGGAAGGAGACGGCCUUUCAUCCUCGGUGGGGCAGCUCUCGUGGUUAUCGCGGUUCUCAUCAUAGGGUUUUCUGCCGAUCUGGGUUACCUGUUAGGUGAUACUUUGGACGCCCGUCCUCGUGCGAUUGUGAUUUUCGUGGUAGGCUUCUGGGUGCUGGACCUGGCCAACAAUACGCUCCAGGGUCCUUGCAGGGCUUUGCUAGCUGAUUUUACAGGUAAAGACCAGACUAGGAACCGCAGAGCCAAUGCCUUCUUCUCAUUGUUCAUGGCCCUGGGAAACAUCCUGGGAUUCGCGACUGGAGCUUAUGAUGGAUGGUGGAAGAUUUUCAGUUUCACGCACACGAAGGCAUGUGACGUCGCCUGUGCAAAUCUCAAGUCUGCAUUCCUGCUGGGGGUAAUCAUGUUGGCGACGACCACCUUCUUGAGUGUUACGGCAGCUCCCGAGGUUCCAUAUGACCCUAUCAAGAAGAAGCACUCGGUGGUGAAGGCUGUGACCCCUCUCUUGUCAGACAAGUCCAAUGAGAGCUCGUCCAGUGUGACAGGCGCAAACGAGGAGGAAGACGAUGAUGAGGAUGAAGAACAGGAAUCGGAAGCGCUGUUCACGGAGUUAGUGGGAGCUCUGAGGGAUCUUCCACGACCAAUGUGGUACAUUCUUCUUGUCACCGCGCUCACCUGGAUUGCGUGGUUCCCUUUUCUCCUCUUCGAUACCGACUGGAUGGGCCGUGAAGUGUAUGGCGGGGAGCCCUCGGAUCCACUUAAGAGCAAGUGGUACUACGAUGGUGUGCACAUGGGAUCGCUCGGGCUGAUGCUCAACUCCGUCGUCUUGGGUCUGUCCUCCUUGUGCAUCGAGUUCGUCUGCAGGAAAUUGGGGUCAAGCUAUGUAUGGGGUAUUGCAAACAUGAUCAUGACAGUGUGCUUCGUGGGAACUUAUUUGGUGACUCAUGCGGCCAAAAGUGCACUGGCCGCCGGCGAAGGACCAUCAACGUGGGUUGUCACCUCUGCUCUCGUCAUCUUCGCAGUUCUGGGAGCCCCGCUUGCUGUGACAUACUCUGUUCCAUACGCGUUGACAGCGACAUACACGGAGAAAGUAGGAGGUGGUCAAGGCUUGUCUGUGGGUGUAUUGAAUCUCGCAGUCGUCACGCCUCAGGUUAUUGUGUCAGUAGGAAGUGGACCUUGGGACGAGCUUUUCAAUGGCGGCAACAUGCCUGCCUUUUUACUCGGUGCAGGAUCCGCACUGUUGGGCGCAAUUGCAGCUGUACUACUCCUGCCGAGGCCUCCUCCCGAUUUCAAGACGAGGAACCGGCUCCGACGUACACAUAGUUCCCCCAUCCCUUGAGCUUUAUUGCUCUUUUAGUAACAAAUCCGCUCUUGAUGGCAUUGAAGAUUUUUUUGCUAAAUCAAGUGAUUUUGUGUAUUCCUGUUCCUCGCACUCGUUCGGUACAUCUACCGAGCGUCUGAUUAGGAGCAGGCUCUUCACCAGGACGCAGAUGCAGUAUUUCUGUUUAUUUUCUUUCUCAGGAAGUGAAGAGUACACAACGUCGGCACUUCUGAUAAACUUAGUACCAACAGAACGUGUAAAUUCAUCUUCUAUUGCUUCAGUUGCAUUUGUCCAAUCCCAAGUGGCUUCAACUCAACUGAUGAGCCACCAGGCACCAGCCACCUUUGUUGUGCAUUCAUAUACAUGUACUAGGAUAGUCAUUCGAAGUUUGAAUUUUCAGGUUUUUAUGCUACGUAGGGAUUCCGCAAUGAAGUGCUGGGGAAUGCUACAUGGCUAAUUAGGUGAACAUGCUGAAUUGUACGUGAUGAGUGUAGCAUUCUUAAUUUUGUGAGGGAAGAUUUGUAUUCUUAUUGGUUUAUCAGUCUUUGUUGUUUUGCCAUCA